GCCAACUUGUCAAUGAUUAAAACAACAGAGCCUGAAGGCAGCACGGCAUUUCAUAAACUUUCUAUUGGGGAUUGUGCGGUGAAGAAGACACAAUGUCUGCUCUUUUUAAAGCUAGAAAAGUUCUAGGUUUGUGUCUCAAAGGCUGCCGGAGUCUGUCUCAGCUGGCCGAGCUGCCAGAGACGCAUCAGCUACUGAGACAGACCUGCAGAGACUACGCAGACAGGGAACUGGCCCCGAUCGCUGGCAGACUUGAUAAGGAGCAUGUUUACCCUGCUAAACAGAUAAAGGAGCUGGGGGAGAUGGGUGUGAUGGCCAUAGAGGUCCCAGAGGAGCUGGGUGGAGCAGGGAUGGACUACCUGGCUUACAGUCUGGUGAUGGAGGAGAUAAGCAGAGGCUGUGCCAGCACCGGCGUCGUGGUCUCUGUCAACAAUUCUCUCUACAUCGGGCCGGUUCUGAAGUUCGGCUCAGAGGAACAGAAGAAGCAGUGGAUCAGCCCGUUCACUACCGGAGAGAAGGUUGGCUGCUUCGCCCUCAGUGAACCAGGGAACGGCAGCGAUGCGGGCGCCGCCUCCACCGUGGCGCGGCAGGAGGGAGAGGAGUGGGUGCUGAACGGAACCAAGGCCUGGAUCACCAACAGCUGGGACGCCUCUGCUACCGUGGUGUUCGCCACCACCGACAAGAAACUCAAACACAAGGGAAUCAGCGCCUUCCUGAUCCCCAUGCCACACCCCGGGCUCUCUCUGGGAAAAAAGGAGGACAAGCUGGGCAUUAGAGCCUCGUCCACCGCUAACCUCAUCCUGGAGGACUGCAGAAUCCCGCUGAGCAACAUGCUGGGCCCCCGCGGUGCCGGGUUCAAGAUCGCUAUGCAAACGCUGGACAGCGGCCGGAUCGGCAUCGCAGCCCAGGCUCUUGGAAUCGCCCAGGCUUCCCUGGACUGCGCCGUAGACUACGCUCACAAGAGGACGGCGUUUGGAGCGCCCAUCGGCAAAUUGCAGGCCAUCCAGUUUAAACUGGCAGAUAUGGCCGUGGCGAUAGAGAGCGCUCGCCUGCUCACCUGGAAAGCUGCACUUCUUCGAGAUGGAAAGAAACCUUUCACUAAGGAAGCGGCCAUGGCGAAGCUGGCAGCGUCUGAAGCCGCCACUUUCUGCUCACAUCAGGCCAUCCAGAUUCUGGGUGGGAUGGGUUACGUGACGGACAUGCCUGCCGAGAGACACUACCGCGACGCCCGCAUCACCGAGAUCUAUGAGGGGACCAGUGAGAUCCAGCGGCUGGUCAUCGCCGGUCAGAUAAUGAAGGAAUAUCUGUUAUAGAUGCUCUUUUGAGCGUGACUUUGCAUCUAAUGGACACUUGAUUCUGGAUGAAAUGCAGUUUUAUACCUUCUUCUAGUUCCAGGGGCUUUAUGUUGAUGUGAGCUGAUGCUUGAAGAGAAGAAUGUGGUGUUCUUACGCAGCAAUACCUCCACAGUCUCACAUCAGCAGGAAAUUCAGGCAUUUAUUCCAACAUAAUGGAAGAGAAUCAGGAGAAAAAAAUGUCCAAUCUGCCUUUAUUUGGAAAUUAGGCCUCAGAGUUUAAUCGGCCAGUUAAAAUCUUAGCUUAGACUUUUCCGAGUCGUUUGUUAAAAUCAGCUUUUAACAGAGAUGUUUCCUGAAAAUGUUGCUUCCCUUUUAUCGUCAUCAUCCUGUUAAAGUACUCAGAGAAUCCUGCAGAACGCCUUUUAAUCUGCUUUAGCGUCAUGUGCCAUUCAGCCACCAGGGGGCCACAGAGUGCCUUGAUGCAUCUUGACCCAUUUCUGCAGAAUCUCACAUCAGGACUGAUUGUGUAAUCGGCACGCUGCGAUCACACUUGCAGAUCAUGUUCAGUCCUCUGCUCUGCAGACGUUUGUCUCGUUAAAACAGUUUGAUUCAUUAGCUGAAGGUGUCUGAUGAUACACCAGGUGCUGGCUCUCUCAGAUUUCAUGCUCAACAUGUACAUAUUUGACUGUAAUUUAUUGUGAUCAGAUGUUUAAUAGAAAAAAUAAAAAUCUGCA